AUGGAACUAAUAGUCUCCAUGCUGAAGUUUGAGUUCUGGCAAUCAGGAGACGAUGGCGUUCCAAGGUCUGACCGUGUGCCCACUUGCAGGGAGUCGGGGGUGUCGUGGGGGCGACGCGGGUGGGGUGCGCGGGGCGGCGGUGCGGGGCGCGCGGGCGGUCCCGCCGCGGCCUCGGGCGCGAGGCGGCGCGACAGGGGCGGCCAGCCGCGGAGGCCCAUGGAGAUCCUAACCAGCAUCUACGCGCUGCUCUCCGGCGGGGUGAGACGCAACCCACCACACCAGCAAGAUGUAACCACAUGGCCGAUAUACCAAGGAGUCAACCCGAAAAUUGACUCUGUGGCAUUCCGUCUCCACUGCGGAGCAACGACAGCCGCGUUGUUAGCGGCCAGUGCGGCCUUGACCACGCGCCAUCUUGUGGGCAACCCCAUAGACUGCAUACACACUAGGGACAUCCCGGAGGAUGUUCUGAACACGUACUGCUGGAUCCACUCGACCUUCACGGUGGCCGGCGAGGCCAUGGGAGGCGCUUACCCCGGGGUCAGGAGUGCCGGGACAUCCCCGCGUCGCUACGGGAAAUACUACCAGUGGGUGGCGUUCACGCUUUUCUUUCAGCUCGACGCUUGCGACGUGCCAAGUGCAGCAGUUUUACAAGCUAGGUGCGCGGCAGUUUCCUGCACGCACCUGCUUAUGUGGGUCGGUCCAACACGGCGUGUCAAUAUGACAUAUGAUGGAGCCGCACGCCGCUAUUCCUGGAUCUGGAGAGAGGACGCGUGCCCAAAUGACGUCGGAGCAAGGGCGGCGAUAUCCGAGAGGAUUUGUUCUGAUUUAGCGCACACAUUUUUUAAUGCUACCCGCGUCUUAAUAUGCGCUGAAACGCGCGCCACAGUGAGAAAUCCCGCCAAAAUAUUCGACCACUUUACACUUUCGUUUUUCGGGCUGGAUGUGCUGGGCGGGGCGAAGGUCGGUCCCGUGGCACCGCAGCGCACCACGGGCAUCACGGGCACCGUCGACCACCACGAGAGUCGAUCGAGACGGACGCCCCAGCGGCUAAUCACCGCGCGUAACCGCCGUUCAAAAAUAAAACGCCGAAUUCGAAACCGGAGCGUGGCGAAGGUUAAUGAGGGAAUAAAAAGCGCGCGUCGAAUUAGCACGCGGCGGUCACAGGCCGAAUGCGUCGGAACGCCGACUGGCAAAGAACUCGCAAAGAACUCGCAA